GUAAGAAGCGGAGAGGACCGGGCCUGGUGUCCCGCGACAUAGCUCCCCUCGAUCGCUCGGCCAUGACGCUUAUGGUUCCGCCUGCCCGCCGGUGGCGCAGCGUUCCCGGCCUGUUCUCUGCUGUCUCCCGGAUCUCUUAGUCUGAACCGGGUGUGUUUGUUCUACUAGAGGCUCACUUAAAACAAGCAACAAACAAACAAACAAUCCCUCCAAGGAUGAAACAUGACUGACGACUCUCAGAGGAACUUUCGUUCAGUCUACUAUGAGAAAGUUGGGUUCCGUGGAGUUGAAGAAAAGAAAUCACUGGAAAUCCUCCUGAAAGAUGACCGUUUGGACAUCGAGAAGCUUUGCACAUUUAGCCAGAGGUUCCCUCUCCCGUCCAUGUACCGUGCAUUGGUAUGGAAGGUGCUUCUAGGAAUCUUGCCUCCACACCAUGACUCUCACGCCCAGGUGAUGGCCUACCGCAGAGACCAGUACUGUGACGUCCUCCAUGCCCUGACAGUAGUCCGCUUCAUCAGUGAUGCCACGCCGCAGGUCGAAGUGUACCUUCGCAUGUAUCAGCUUGAGUCGGGGAAGUUGCCUCGAAGUCCCUCUUUUCCUCUGGAGCCGGAGGAUGAAGUUUUUCUUGCCAUUGCUAAAGCCAUGGAAGAGAUGGUGGAAGACAGUGUGGACUGUUACUGGAUCGCCCGAUGCUUCGUGAAGCAGUUAAAUACCAAGUACCGGGACUCUUUACCUCAGCUGCCCAAGGCUUUCGAACAGUACUUGAAUCUGGAAGACGGUAGGCUGCUGAGUCACCUGAAGACGUGUUCUGCGCUAUCCAAACUCCCUUAUGAUCUCUGGUUCAAAAGGUGCUUCGCGGGUUGCCUACCCGAGUCCAGUUUACAGAGGGUCUGGGAUAAAGUCGUAAGUGGAUCCUGUAAGAUUCUAGUUUUUGUAGCGGUAGAAAUAUUAUUGACCUUUAAAAUAAAGGUCAUGGCAUUGCACAGUGCAGAGAAGAUAACACAGUUCCUAGAAAGUAUUCCUCAGGACAGCUCAGACGCCAUCGUGAGCAAGGCCAUCGACCUGUGGCACAAACACUGCGGGACCCCAGUGCAUUCAGUCUGACAGCUUGUGACUCCCUGGGCCGCCUCCCUGGGCACUUUGUUAAUGUCACGUGGUCUACCAACUGGUUAGAAAUAGCAGUCUUGCUGUGGUGCUCAACAUGCAACCCCCACCCCCAAUCAGUAAAAUAAUUUAAUCAAAAUGCCUGGUGUGGCCAUGCUGUGAAGCUGCCUCUCUUGGUGACACUGACAUGCAAGUGUGGGAUAGCGCUCUGAAAGGGCGAUUAGGAAACUCCUCCUGGUCUUAGGCGGCUCAGUGUAGGUGCAGCCUGGGCACUCUCAGGAACCGCAGGAGCCAAGCCCUGCCUCCAACUGCCUGAGUUAGGAAGGACUGGUCCUGGAAGAAGAGCAGCUUUCUUUUCCUGGCCUCUCUGAUUUGGCUUUUGCCUUCUGUUGCCCUAGAACGCGUAUAAGUGUGAGCUGACCACCGUCUCAUGCUCUGUCUGACUAAACUGGUUAAAAGCAGUCCCUGCAUUUCCUUACGUGUUCCCUCCCUUUGUGCCAGCUGGAAUGAAGCCUUGUCUUGUUUUUCUUGAGACAAGGCCUCAUUCUUUACCUUACUUUAUGUAGAACUCUUUAUGUAUUUGGCCUUGAACUCCUAGCCGUCCUCCUGCCUCAGCCUCCUGAGUGCUACAAUUUUAUUAAAUAAAACACCUCUAAAUUUA